AAUUCUCUGUUUCCAGCAGGAGCGCAGUGAAAUCCAAUCAGUUCGUCCUCUAUAUGUAGUUGUGUUGAUUGCUUCCUUUUAGCCAGCUUUCUUGGUUGGCACAUGUGCAAGCGCACACAACCUGGUUGCUGUCAGCGUGGUUAUCUUCUUUAAGCCAGACUGUCUUCAUCCUCAUGUUCUGCUCACUUGUCUGCCCUCUUAAGCAGAUCUACAGGUUAAGUAGCAGAAACUGAAAAGUGGAGGAAAAGUGAGAGUGUGACACGAGUCAGGCUGUGAUGUAGCAAUAGAAUGAAAGUUCAAGGAAAUAUGCACGCAAAGAGAGAAGGUGACGGCACCUGGUUGCGCUCAUGUGUCAUGUGACACACUGCUGGAGGCGGGGUCACCUUCUCCGUCGUCUAUUUCGGUGCAUUUUUCCACUUGUGUCAUCAUGACAAAACAUCACACCCACUGGGAAGGACAUAGUGUUACAGUUCAAUGCUCGGUCUUGUGUUUGGGGGGGAAGAUUAAGAAAAGGAUUACCUGGAAGUGUGGGUCAUACUAGAGGUUGCUUCAAGUUAACUGGGGUUUAACGGGAGGAUAACGUAAUCUGUGAGGACGGUGAAAGUGCCCGUCUGGUUUCCGUACACGGACGGAGCCCAAUGCAAUGGAUAGCUUGCGUGCUCUGGUGACAACAAUGGUUUCAACUGUAGGCUUGGAUAGAUUGAAGUAUGUCUGAGAUCUGUUCCGAAUCAUUUCCCCAUUUGGUUUGGCUCCAUCGUUCAAAACUGGAAUCCAUCCAGGCUGAAGCGGGGUAGGAUUGACUGUGUGCAGUUUUUGUUCUUUAUGUGGAGAAAGUGCACUAGAUGAUAUUUGAACCAAGCGCCAACAUUCCAAAGCAGGGAUCUGAAGUUGGCUCCACAAAUGUUAAAACUAAUUUGCACAGGCAGAUACAUUCAUUGUUGGUGUAAGUUAUUCAUUUCUGAUCCAGCCCCAUUCAUACUGGUCUCCCCUGUCUGGUUUAGCCUCUGGAUCACUGCUCCUUAGAUAAACCCUAAGUCUGCAUCUAUCCCCUUAGACCGUCUGAUUUGGUCUACGUCACAGAACAGGGACGUAAUCCCGGUCUGGGCUGAGAAUAGAAAGUUGGGAGGGGCCAACUCACCGCAGAGACGCUCUCAAGUCACUGUACAUGUGUCCCUUGAUAAUCCCUUCUUAAACAGCUUCUCAGCUGGGUACGAGUUUGGGAACUCAGGUUUACACCGUGGGAGCUGUACUGGGCGGUGUCGGACAGCUGAGGAGGAUUCACGUACACGUACAGAACUCUUUGGAUUCUCUUCUUCAACCAGGAUGAACUUUGCUGCCCAGUUAUUCUAUUCGAGCUACUUGAGUGAGCGACUGGAACGAUUGUUUUCCCCAAAGCCUGCACUUAAAGGCAUGGAAGAAAAGGACCCUUUUUGGCAAAGAGAGGAGCUGCGUCUGGGCCCCGCAGAGCCAGAAGACCUUUACAAAGGAGCGCUCCUCAGCAAUGGCACCGCCGUCGGCCGCAGACCCACCCUCAUUGAACCAGAGAGGCUGAAGGACUUUGGUGAGGAGGAACUCCUCAAUGGUGACGUGAAGGUCCGUGACACAAGAGUGCUGGCGGCGGUGGAAGCACCUGCAAUGGCGCUAAAGGAGCCGCCGAAAACCAGACGCGUCAGCGAGUUCAGGAUCGUCCCCAGACCGCCCAUUCACUACCUGCGCUUUGAGGACAUCAGUGCCGCUGCCUUCACUAUCCAGACAGGAAUACAGAAGACGCCCUGCACGUACUCCCGGCUGUCCAAACAGUACGGGAUGGAGAUUUAUCUGAAAAAGGAGCACCUGAACUACACGGGCUCAGUGAAGGAGAGAGGAGUGUUGUACCUGCUCUCCUCCCUCACACAGGAGCAGCAGAAGAAGGGAGUGAUCGUUGCCACCGACUGUAACUUCUCCAUGGCUGUGGCCCACCACGCGGUGGAGCUGAAGAUCCCCGUCUUCGCUAUCAUGCCGGCAUGUUGUUCGUCGCCUCGUCUCAGGAUCUACAGAGAUUACGGCGCCAUGGUCAUCUCCUAUGGCAGCACCGGUCACGACUCUCAGAACCACGCCCGCCACUUGGCCGAAGACAACGGAUAUCUCUACCUGGAAGAAGAGGAAAAUUCCAGCUACCUGGCAGGACUUGGCACAGUAGGCCUGGAGAUCUACGAGCAAGUGCCCAAGCUUGAUGCGGUGCUGGUGCCCGCAGCUGGACAGUACGGUCUACUGGCGGGCACGGCGGCAGCCAUCAAGCAUCUCAACUCGCACAUCCGUGUCAUAGGAAUAGAACCCGAAGCGUUCCCUUUGCUGCUGCAAUCUCUAAAGACAGAUGGCCCCGUCAACGACGUUCAUUGCAAGCCGAACAGCAAGCUGUAUGGAGAUCUCGCGGGGUGCUCGCUCGGUAUCAACACCUUCCAUCUGGCAAAGAAACUAGUCGAUAAAGUCAUCUCUGUCAGUGAGGAGGAUUCUUUGGUGGCAAUGUUGAGGUUUCAAGAGUUUGAGCGUUCCACUGUGGACACAGAGGGAGCCAUGGGAUUGGCGGCCAUCUUGGCUGGACAACUCAGCGAAUUGAGAGGCAAAAGGGUGGCAGUGGUGGUGAGCAGCGCUAACAUGGAUCUGGAUCUGGUGAGGCAGUGUGUGGACCGAGCCCUGGUGCUGGAAGAUCGUGUCAGCAAGUUCUCAGUACAGCUAGGGGAAUGGCCGGGAGACAUGGCCAAGCUGUUGGACGUCCUGUCCAGAGAAGACGUCAGGUUGUUGGACGUCAGCCAUCGGAGGCAUAGUGACAGGUCCAACCUCUUCAGGGCAAAGGUGGAGUGCGUGGUGGAAACCAGGGACAAGACCCAAAGCGCUCAGCUGCGGAAGACGCUGGGAUUUGGAUGGACUCUGCAGCGAGUUGGUGGGACUUUGAGGAGCCAUCUCCACUUGGAGCCAUUGAUUCUGGUAGUUACUCAGAUAAAGAUUAAAGAUUGCCUUGGUUUGUUUAGGCACUGUGGGUCACCUUCACACUGCACUGUUUUCUAAUACUUGUGCAAAUACAACUUUGACCUUUCGCAUUGUGUGCUUUUUCUGCAUGUUUGAAUGCAUGUCUUUUAUGUUCUAAUGCUCUCUUCAUGCUUCCCACUCAACAAUAUGUCGACAACAUGCACCAAGUUUGAAGAAUGACAAUAAUCAUUUUCUGGUAGCUCAGCACAUUCAGGUAGGUUUGUGAAAUGGGGGCUAAAGGUCAAAGCAUUUGCACACAACCUGGCCAAGGCCUGGACACGUUUAGCCUCUUGACAAGCUUGCCACUCAAUUGGAUGCGCUUCUUGAGUUUAAAAAGGCUGCACGGACGAAGGGCCAGCGAAGCAACCAGUUAAUCAUUGAAUAAUGAGCCACCUUUGUCUUUCCUCUUGUGAUAGCAGCAAGCUCUUUUGCAUAUGAAAGGAAAACAGUAGUAACCACUGAUAGGCUUUAGAUCACAUUGUUCCUUUUGCCAUAUUUAUAAAAAAAGAAUUAUUGGUGAUUGACAUGCAGCAAUAACAAUUGUCACAUGACUGUCAGGAGCUAUAUCGGGAAUUAGGGGACUGCUUUGAUGUACACGUGCAAAUGGAUGCAAAUGUGCUAUGAUGUAACCCCAUGUGAAGUGAUAUGCUGAGUAUAGUAGAUGACCUGAAGCCUGUUCCCAAAUGACAGGAUAAACUAAGAUAAUGAGUGUUCAAAUGUUUACCACUGCUACUCUUACCACUGAAAAUAAUCCUAAUCAUGCUAAUAUCAAAAACACUAGCUUUGAUGACUACUAAUACAAUUUCACAGAUUGUUUUUAAACAUUAA